GUUGCGUUUUUUGAAUUUGUAGACGCUAGGGUUUAUGCCUAGGGUUUACACAUCUCUCUCGAAAUUUCAGCCUCUCCGGGCGGAAUCCUCGAUCGAGGGGCUGGCGCUGGCGUUUGUUAGCGGAUCGAGCUGGAAUGCGCGUCGCUUCUCCACGCUGGGAUAGUUUUUCUCGGGAUUUGCCGGAAUUUCGGUCGAGAGGCUGGCUGUGGGAGCAUCGCGAAGAGCUGAGCGUUCUUGAUGGACCCCCAGGGAUCGUUUCUCAAUCAGAUUCUGUGCUUGAAGCAAGAAAUCGAUCAGUUAAACGUCAGGGUCGGGCUAGAGAUCCGUGAGACGAUAAGAUUGGAAUCAGAGCUAGUCCGGUGUGCCGAGGACACCCAGGAAGCUGUGAAGGAUGAGAAAGAACUUCUAAGGACUUACGUGAUUCGCGAGAACGAGUACUCGGACUUGCACGCCACAUCAGUUGCCUUGGAGAAAGUAAACCAGGAAACUAUGCACGACCUUUCGAAGCUCAAGUCUACGAGGGACGCGCUCAAAAAGAAGAUCACUGAAGAACGGGAUACAUUUAUAGCGCACUGCAGGAAGUUUCAGCAAGCGCACGACGAAGCUUUUAGUGCUGCUUCGGUCCACCUCCGUCGCAGCAUCAGAACCAUGAAUGAAGAAAUCGUGUCUCGGGAAGCUUUGAUCGCUGAGAAGAACCGACGGAAUGACGAGUUACAGCAACAAGUAGAUGCAGCUCAAGAUCACAAUUGCAGCUUGCUCAUUGACAUUGCUAAUCUAAAGAAGGAGCUGCAAGUUGCGGAGUCAAAGAGGAAGCUAGAGCCCCUCGAGAUUCUUGAGGAAGAAAAACGUCAGCUACAGGAUUGUAUUUUAGCUCUCAAAUCCCGUUUAGCCAGCAUACAAGAAAGAAAGAGAGAGAUCAGAAUGUCCGAUAAAGCUGGAAGCUAGUUCGGCAACUCGUGGGGCCUAGCAAGUGAUAAGCUAACGCGUUCUGGUGGCUGUAAGGAAAUUGCAG